AUGAAGGAAACUUCGUCUAAUUCGCCGUCAUUUCUAGAUCGUGUGAGCUUCUGGGAUAAAUCCAAGGCACAUGGCAACCCUACGACCUCGUCAGAUCUCAGUGGACCAACUCUUCCCUUGAGCAAUCCUCCUACUACCAUCGCGCAGAAUAACAACACUGCUACUUCCGUUCUUCACAAUGCAACCAAUAUCCCAAGAAAUAAUGCAAGUCAUAAUGGCCUCAAGAACCACCGUUCAAAUCCCACAAGAAACAAUGUGGCAGAAAAUACAUCCAACGUCCAUCCGCCACCAGCUCCACCUCCGCAAGUUGAUGGAGAGGGGAAUAUCAUAGAAUCGAGCGAAUCCGAGAAACCCAAGAAGAAAAAUAUUGCCACGCGAUUUUGGCUUACCGGCAAACACAUUAUACUUUCGAGUGUUAUCAAUAUUUUAUUGGUAUUUGUACCGGUGGGUAUCAUCGCCUAUGCGAUUGGCCUCAGUCCAGGUAUCAUCUUUGCGAUGAAUGCUAUUGCUAUCAUACCUUUGGCAGGUUUACUCAGUCAUGCUACGGAAAGCGUGGCGAAGAGGAUGGGUGACACUAUUGGUGCUUUGAUGAAUGUUACUUUUGGUAAUGCGGUUGAGCUUAUCAUUUUUAUGUAUGUCUACCUCGUGAGAGAUCAAGAUAAGAAAGUGCGAGAAGCCCUCUUAAAGGCAUUAUCAUAUCAAUCGCGUCCCAUAUCAUUAUACCCUUUCCAUUUCCUUUUGUCUCAUGCAAGUCCCUUCAUUGCAUUGCAAAAGAAUGAAAUCCGUAUUGUCCAAGCCUCCUUGCUCGGUUCGAUUCUUGCAAAUCUUCUCUUGAUUCUAGGAAUGUGUUUUUUGGUUGGUGGACUUCGCUUCCGUGAACAGAUCUAUAAUAGUACUGUCACGCAAAUGAGUGCUUGUCUUUUAAGUUUGAGCGUCAUGAGUUUAUUGCUUCCAACUGCUUUCCAUGCGUCGUUCAAUACUACAACUGCUGCAGAUAAGGCUAACACCAAAGUCUUGCAAGUUAGUCGUGGUACUAGUGUCGUUCUCCUUUUGGUUUAUGCCAUGUACCUCUUGUUUCAAUUGAAAUCUCACGCAUAUAUGUAUGAAAGUACUCCUCAGCAUAUCAUUGAUGAGGAAUUAGCUCCUGGACCGGUUGCAGCUUGGAUGGACUCAUCAUCUGAUGAUUCAUCGUCCUCCAGCUCUGACUCUGAUGGUUCCAGCGGUUCCAAUACUACUGCCAAACGUGUAAAGAGACUUAUCAGGGGUGGUAGACGUCGUAAGUCAAGCUCAGCAUCGAAAGAUACGGUUGAAGUUGAGGCUCUUCGUACACCAUCUUUUGGUAACAGCAGUCUUAAUCAUGCAGCUGAAGGUAGUGGGUCCGCUGGUGAUGAUCAUCGUACAGGUGCUAUUGACUUUGCAGAGGAUGGUGAUGAUGAACGCCCUAGAAGAAGCCGCACUGGUUCAUUCACAAAUUAUGUCACGACCAAAAAGGAACAUAAGAAAGAACGCAAGCAACAGAAAAAGGAACACAAAGCUCGCAAGAGAGCUCACAGACAUCAAGAAACCAUUAAAGAAGGUGUUGUCCCUGAAGCUGUCAAUGAGAAAUCUGCGGAAGCGGUACCAAAUGAUUUUGAUCCACGACGUGUUGAUUUUGCCAUUAUGGAAAAUCCCGAAUUUCAACAAGAUAACGCUCAAAAACGACCAUUUACUCUUCGCGGAAUAACCUCUGGCAUUCGACCUCAGAUUCCAAAGACAUUCUCUCAAAAUGUCUUUACCAACCCUGCACCUACCGGUACUCCACCCCCUGGAAAUAUCCCUCGCGUUCGGAUGGGAAUUCGUCGCACGAAUUCUUUACCUGAUCGUCUCAAUCAAACCGUAUCAAAUCCAGCCAAUCCCACUCCAUCAAAUCUUGCACCUGUUCGCAUUAACAGCACAGCUGUUGCAGUCAACAAGGUUCCUAUGGAUGGUGAGGAUGAAAAUAUCUCUCGCACUACAGCCGUCGUUUUACUUCUUCUUUCUACAGGUCUUGUAGCCUGUUGUGCCGAAUUCAUGGUUGAUAGUAUUAAUGCUGUCGUCAAAGGUAAUUCUGGUUUGAGUGAGGCUUUUAUUGGUCUCAUCAUCUUACCUAUUGUUGGUAAUGCUGCCGAGCACGUUACAGCUGUUACGGUUGCUAGUAAGAAUAAAAUGGAUUUGGCAAUUGGUGUAGCCGUUGGUUCUUCUAUUCAAAUCGCUCUCUUCGUUACUCCCUUUAUCGUUCUUCUCGGCUGGUGUAUGUCUAGAGAAAUGACAUUAUACUUUACACUCUUCGAAACCGUCUGUCUCUUCGUCUCGGCUUUCAUCGUCAAUUUCUUGGUUCUAGAUGGUCGAUCCAAUUACCUCGAAGGUGCACUUCUUUGCGCGGCUUAUGUGAUUAUUGCCGUGGCGGCUUUCUUCUAUCCAGCAGAAAAUGAUCAGAGUAAUUUGGGUGGAAAUUCUGAUGCAGCGAAGAGGUUGGUUAGGAGUAUUGUGGGGAUUUAA